CUCCAAACCCUAUCAGUGUAAGAGUGCUCCGUCGCGUGUCCACAGCUCCGUCGUGAUCCUCCGCCGUUACAGUCGUCAUUUCAACUUCCAACUUUGCAUUUGCUUCUAAUCCUACUUGCACCGGUAUUAAGGUUCUAAUAAGAAAAGGUUGAUAUGGAGCUCACUAUUACACAACCUGAUGAUUGGCAUCUUCACCUCCGUGAUGGUUCCCUUCUAGAAGCUGUACUCCCUCACAGUGCAAAGCAUUUUGGAAGGGCUAUAGUGAUGCCAAAUUUGAAACCACCCAUCACUACCACAGCUGCUGCUGUUACUUAUCGAGAGUCCAUUUUGAAAGCAAUACCUAAAGAUAGCAACUUUACUCCUCUCAUGACACUUUACCUCACAGACAUUACUACUCGAGACGAGAUUAAACUUGCAAAAAAAAGUGGGCUUGUUUAUGGUGUAAAGUUGUAUCCUGCUGGUGCUACAACAAACUCCCAAGAUGGUGUUACAGAUCUUUUUGGAAAAUGUUUUUCUGUUCUUGAGGAAAUGGUUGAGCAAGGUUUACCAUUAUUGGUUCAUGGAGAGGUUACUAAUUCAAACGUUGAUAUUUUUGACCGGGAAAAGGUCUUUAUUGAAACAAUUUUAGAGCCUUUAGUUCAAAGGCUUCCAAAGCUGAAGGUUGUGAUGGAGCAUAUUACUACCAUGGAUGCUGUUAAAUUUGUCGAGUCUUGCAAAGAAGGUCAUGUAGCAGCAACUGUUACACCACAGCAUCUUCUUCUCAAUCGUAAUGCUUUAUUCCAAGGUGGCUUACAGCCUCACAAUUACUGUCUUCCAGUGCUCAAAAGAGAGAUUCAUAGACAGGCUAUUGUUUCGGUAGUCACUAGUGGAAGUAAACGAUUUUUCCUUGGAACUGAUAGUGCUCCACAUGAUAGGCGUAAAAAGGAAUGUUCCUGUGGAUGUGCCGGCAUAUACAACUCCCUGGUUGCUUUAUCACUAUAUGCCAAGGUUUUUGAAGAGGCCGGCGCACUUGAUAAGCUGGAGGCUUUUACAAGCUUUAAUGGACCUGACUUCUAUGGCCUCCCAAGAAACAGGUCAAAAAUUAAACUGAGGAAAGCUCCUUGGAGGGUACCUGAUUGUUUGUCGUUUCCAUUCGGAGAUAUUAUUCCUAUGUUUGCUGGUGAAACCCUUGAAUGGGAGGCAUUGCCUAUUUGAUUUGCGUGCCCUUCUGAAAUUGCUGAUUGUUUGAGGUUGGAAUUUAUGUAGCGUUCAGACUACGAUGAGGCGUUCAGAUUGUUCUCAUUUCCAUUUUCCUGGGUCAGGUGAAUUUCAGUAUGAACCAGAGCAAUAAAUUUCUGUCUCUUGAGAUGGGCAUUUAUGUAGCAAUAAGAAUUUGAAUAGACAUUUUUGUCGUUCUUAAUUUAUCAAUCAGGACUGCACAAAUUUUCCAGAUUUUUCUUGUUUCCGUUUCUUGUUCAUAGUCACAGCUGAAUUUUAGUAUGAAACGAAAGCACUGAUAGGUCAUAUACGACACUGUUACU